CGCGUGAUGGAUACAGAUCGGUGCUGUGCCGGCGAAGAAACAAACGCCAUGCUGUACGGCCAUCUGGAUGUGAAGCCGAAUUUAAGGUUGGCGGCGACGAGUCCGCAUCCCGGACCGCGGCAUACGAUUGAUAACAUUUUGGGGUUGGUGCGCAAAGACGACCAAGAUGGUAGGCCGAUAACUCCCGGAAACGUCGAAAGUGCCGGCGAAGGAAGUUGCAACUCUAACGACGGCGUUUCCGAGCUUCGAUACGGGAAGCUGAGCUCUCAAGGCGGAAGCGGUUCGGAGGACGAGAGCGCCGCCAACAAUUCCGGCAGCGGCGGCGGCAUGUCUGAGGCGGACGCGUGCAAGAAAAAGCACCGCCGUAAUCGCACCACAUUCACUACCUACCAGCUGCACGAGCUGGAACGCGCGUUCGAAAAGAGCCACUACCCGGAUGUAUAUAGUCGCGAGGAGUUGGCCAUGAAGGUCAAUUUGCCGGAAGUCAGAGUGCAGGUUUGGUUCCAAAACCGCCGCGCAAAAUGGCGGCGCCAGGAAAAAAUGGAAGCCGCUCGCCUAGGCCUAUCCGAAUACCACGCCGCCACACUAUCCAGAGCUGCCGGCUCCAGCCUUUCGCUCCCCAUGGACCCCUGGCUAUCCCCUCCGCUACUAUCCGCCCUGCCAGGCUUCCUUAGCCACCCACAAACGGGGUACCCAAGCUACUUGACCUCGCCAGUGGCGUCGGACCCUAGCAGGCCGCCAGUGGCGCACGGUCACCAGCAAAACAUGGCCAACAUGAUCAACUCCAACAAUCCUGAUCUAAGGACUACCUCGAUAGCCGCCCUUAGGUUAAAGGCCAAGGAGCACGUCGAAAAUAUUACUAAAGGACUACAGAUGGUUUAAAUUUUCCUUGGUGUUUUUGUUUGUGCAGUGAUUAUUACGUGUAUAUAGUAUAUAUCCGAAUGCGUACUUACUUCUACUAACUACAUUGAAAAGUAUUAGUUUUAAGAAUCCUUUUAAGAGACAUACGAGUUUUUUGACAA